CAAAAUAUACAUAUCCAAAUCAUUGGGUGCAUGUUUAUGCGUAUAGUAGGAGGUGAUUAUUUUGCGUGUGAUUGGAUUAUUGCUUCAGGUGAUCCACAGAAACGAACAAAGAAAGAUCGAAAAAGAUAGUAGGAAUAUAUGGGAUCUCCGGCGAGCAACGGCGGCGUGCCGCCUGGUUUUAGGUUUCAUCCAACUGAUGAAGAGUUGUUGCACUAUUACCUUAAGAAGAAAAUCAGCUUUCAGAAGUUUGAUAUGGAAGUUAUUCGAGAGGUUGAUUUGAACAAGAUGGAGCCUUGGGAACUUCAAGAGAGGUGUAGGAUAGGAUCAACUCCACAGAAUGAAUGGUAUUUCUUCAGCCACAAGGAUAGGAAAUACCCAACAGGAUCAAGAACUAACCGAGCAACCAAUGCUGGGUUUUGGAAAGCCACUGGGAGAGAUAAAUGCAUCCGAAAUACCUUCAAGAAGAUUGGUAUGCGCAAAACACUUGUUUUCUAUCGUGGUAGAGCUCCUCAUGGUCAGAAAACUGAUUGGAUUAUGCAUGAGUAUCGCUUGGAAGAUACUCAUGACCCUCAAGCUAAUGGUGAAGAUGGAUGGGUUAUAUGUAGAGUGUUCAAGAAGAAAAACUUGUUCAAGAUUGGAGGUGAUCAAAUAGGAGGAGGAGGUACAACAACAAGCGCAACCUCUGAUCAGCUACUAUGCAACCCUAGCGGAUCAAGCAACGGCAACCAAUCACGUCUCUUCAUUCCUAGAGAUCACACCAACAAUAAUUCCCAUUCCCAAUACCCACAUCAUCUCUUACUACGCAAUGAUCCUCAAACAACCUCCACCUUUGAUCUAUACAUGAAUAAGCCUGAUCUAGGGCUCCACAGCUACCCUCACUCACACCAGAUUGGACCCCUACAUCCUCCUCCUGACCAGUAUCCUACACAUCAUCUCUAUCAAGCACCCACCGAUUGCGAUGGCGGUGGUGGUGGUGGUGGCGGUGGUGGUGUUCCCACUGCUUUAGAGGUAACCGUGUGUGAGCCGUCUGAUCCUCAUCAUCAUCAUCAUCAUCAGGCCGGGAUCAACGAGUGGGCGAUGCUUGACCGCGUUAUAGGACAUCAGCAGGAUGACCAUCCUGAUACUACUGCUAAUAAUGACUUGACCUCUACGGUACUCGAAAUGAAUCAGCAACAACAACAACAACAACAACAACAUCAGCAGCUUUCUUUACGCGGGGAAAUGGAUUUCUGGGGAUAUGCCAAGUGAUUUUUGCAUUCAUUUUUUUGAUUUGAUUAAUUAGAUUUCAUAUGAAAUGUAUAAAAAUUAAUCCCUAUGCCGCAUAUGCAUGCAUGCACAAAUUAAAGUUUAAUUUGCUUGCAUAUAUACUACAUUAUUGUUAAUUUGUUACAUGUAUUAUUGAUUAGGAUAUAUAAUGUGUGUAUUAUUUGAAUUGAAAUUGUUAUGGUUUUUUUCAUGUACUUAUAUUACAU